AUGUCGGCAUCACUUGCGCCAGAGUGUAACGAGGUGAAGGAGCGUUACGACACAUGCUUUUUAAAAUGGUAUAGCGAAAAGUAUCUCCGUGGAGCGGAAAAGGACAACAAGGAAUGCGCCGACUUGUUCAACGAAUAUCAGAAAUGCCUAGGUGUUGCACUGAAGUCUCGAGGCAUAGAUAAGCUUCUCGACGAGGCUCGGGAAGACAACAAGGACAACGACGUAAGGUUAACAGCGCCGAAGAGUAAGUCCACGAAUCAAGCAGCGGAAGACGCGUGUGUUUGUAUUAAUAGCUGUCCAGAGUAG